GAUACAGAAAGAUCUAAGUGUGACAUUACAGGUCUUCUAGAAGGACAAGAAUAUAUGUUCCGUGUCAUUUGUAAAAACAAGUUUGGCUGGGGUCCACCUGUGGAAUUGGGGCCAAUUCUUGCUGUUGAUCCACAAGGUCCUCCUGGUUCACCAGAAAGAUUCACCUACACUGAAAGAACAAAGUCAUCAGUCACACUGGACUGGAAACCUCCUCGUAAUGAUGGUGGUAGCCCUAUUAUAGGCUAUAUCAUUGAAAAACGACGACAUGAUGCCACAGAGUUUGAAAGAUGCAAUAAAAGGCUGGUUCCAGAGACUUCCUUCUUAGUAGAGAACCUUGCAGAACUGCACAUGUAUGAAUUCCGUGCCAAAGCUGUCAAUGAUAUUGGUGAAAGUGAACCUUCUCUGCCUCUCAACGUGGUUAUUCAAGAUGAUGAAGUUCCCCCUACUAUUACUCUUCGCUUGGCUGUCAGAGGUGACACCAUUAAAGUUAAGGCAGGAGAACCUGUCAACAUCCCAGCG